AGAGCGGCGGCCGGUCCUGCGCGGAGCCGGGUUCCCCUCCUGCCCGCGCCAGGACACCGCCGGCCCCGGCCCAGGCCCGGGCCACGCAGCGAGCCGGGGAUGUGAGCGGCGCCCGACGGCAUGGCAGCCUCAGGGGUGCCCAGAAGAUGCGACAUCCUCAUCGCCUACAGCCCAGACGCCGAGGAAUGGUGCCAGUACCUGCAGACUCUGUUCCUGUCCAGUCGGCAGGUUCGCAGCCAGAAGAUACUGACUCACAGGCUGGGCCCUGAGGCCUCCUUCUCGGCAGAGGACCUAAGCCUUUUCCUCAGCACCCGCUGUGUCGUGGUGCUGCUGUCCGCGGAGCUGGUGCAGCUCUUCCACCAGCCCGCCUUGCUGCCCCUGCUGCAAAGAGCCUUCCAUCCUCCGCACCGCGUGGUCAGGCUGCUGUGUGGCGUGCGGGACAGCGAGGAGUUCCUGGACUUCUUCCCAGAUUGGGUCCACUGGCAGGAGCUCACCUGCGACGAUGAGCCAGAGACCUACGUGGCAGCUGUGAGAAAAGCCAUUUCUGAAGAUUCUGGCUGUGACUCUGUCACUGACACUGAGCCUGAGGACGAGAAGCCUGUUUCCUACUCGAAGCAGCAGAGCUUGCCAACGGUGACGUCGUCUGGGAACCUGAUGGUGGUGCAGCCGGACCGCAUUCGCUGUGGGGCAGAAACCACUGUCUACGUUAUUGUGAGAUGUAAGUUGGAUGACAGGGUGGCGACGGAGGCAGAGUUUUCUCCUGAGGAUUCUCCCUCUGUGAGGAUGGAAGCCAAGCUGGAGAAUGAGUACACCGUUUCCAUGAAAGCUCCCAACCUUUCGUCUGGGAAUGUUUCUCUGAAGAUAUAUUCCGGGGACUUAGUGGUGUGUGAAACCGUUAUCAGCUAUUAUACUGACAUGGAAGAAAUUGGGAAUUUAUUGUCCAAUGCUGCGAAUCCUGUGGAAUUCAUGUGUCAGGCCUUUAAAAUUGUGCCCUACAACACAGAGACCCUUGACAAACUGCUGACCGAAUCCCUGAAGAACAAUAUCCCUGCAAGUGGACUGCACCUCUUUGGAAUCAACCAGCUGGAAGAGGAAGAUAUGAUGACAAAUCAAAGGAAUGAAGAGCUGCCCACCUUGUUGCAUUUUGCUGCCAAGUAUGGACUGAAGAACCUCACUGCCUUGUUGCUCACCUGCCCGGGAGCCCUGCAGGCAUACAGCGUGGCCAACAAGCACGGCCACUACCCCAACACCAUCGCCGAGAAACACGGCUUCAGAGAUCUGCGGCAGUUCAUCGACGAGUAUGUGGAAACGGUGGACAUGCUCAAGAGUCACAUUAAAGAAGAGCUGAUGCAAGGGGAGGAGGCUGACGCUGUGUACGAGUCCAUGGCCCACCUUUCCACAGACCUGCUCAUGAAAUGCUCACUCAACCCCGGCUGUGACGAGGAUCUCUAUGAGUCCAUGGCUGCCUUCGUCCCAGCUGCCACUGAAGACCUCUAUGUUGAAAUGCUUCAGGCCAGUACAUCUAACCCAAUCCCUGGAGACGGUUUCUCUCGGGCCACUAAGGACUCUAUGAUCCGCAAGUUUUUAGAAGGCAACAGCAUGGGAAUGACCAAUCUGGAGAGAGAUCUAUGCCAUCUUGAUCAGGAAGAAGAUGUUUAUUACACAGUGGAUGAAGAUGAGGCUUUUUCCGUGGACCUGGCCAGCAGGCCCCCUGUCCCAGUACCCAGACCAGAGACCACUGCUCCUGGUGCUCACCAGCUGCCUGACAAUGAACCAUAUAUUUCUAAAGUUUUUGCAGAAAAAAAUCAAGAGCGACCUGGGAAUUUUUACGUUUCCUCAGAGAGCAUCAAGAAAGAGGCGCCCGUCAGACCGUGGAGGGACAGGCCCCAGUCAAGUAUAUAUGACCCUUUUGCGGGGAUGAAAACGCCAGGCCAGCGGCAGCUUAUCACCCUCCAGGAGCAGGUGAAACUGGGCAUUGUCAACGUGGAUGAGGCUGUGCUCCACUUCAAAGAGUGGCAGCUCAACCAGAAGAAACGAUCGGAGUCCUUUCGUUUCCAGCAGGAAAAUCUUAAACGACUAAGAGACAGCAUCACCCGAAGACAGAGAGAGAAGCAAAAAUCUGGAAAGCAGACAGACUUGGAAAUCACGGUCCCAAUUCGGCACUCACAGCACCUGCCUGCUAAAGUGGAAUUUGGAGUCUAUGAGAGUGGCCCCAGGAAAAGCGUCUUUCCCCCCAGGACGGAGCUGAGACGAGGAGACUGGAAAACAGACAGCACCUCCAGCACAGCAAGCAGCAUGAGUAACCGCUCCAGCACCCGGAGCGUCCUCAGCGUGAGCAGUGGGAUGGAGGGGGACAACGAGGAUAAUGAAGUCCCUGAGGUUACCAGAAGCCGCAGUCCAGCCCCCCCACAAGUGGAUGGGACACCCACUAUGUCCCUGGAAAGACCCCCCAGGGUGCCUCCGAGAGCUGCCUCACAGAGGCCUCCGUCCAGGGAGACCUUCCAUCCUCCUCCACCUGUUCCACCCAGAGGACGCUGAUUCCACCUCCUAAAGCCUGCCUACUUCGGGACUGACUUUAAGACUCACAGUUUUCAGCCUGUUCAUGAUGUCUUCCUGUUGAGUUUUGUGGCAUGACUGUUGACUUUAAGAUCCAUUCUCAUUGCUGUUAUUAUUGUAGCCCUUCUGGUUUGGGCUUGCCUUGAAGACUUUAUUAAGGCAUGAAGAAGUGAAAAACUAAGGGUUUUAUUCACCAUCACCAAGUAUACCAAACCAUAUACUUGUUUGCUGAAAGGAUGAAGACUUACUCAGAAAUACUUACCUCUAAUUUGCCAUAUCAAAAGCAUAGAAAGAUUGAUCAUAAAUGUACUUUACCAAUGAUUUUACUGAAAUGCACUUAUAUUAGUCUUUAUGUAUUUGCUAGUUCAGUCUCAUUUCUAGAAGAGGUUAUAAGACUUGUAGUAUUCAAAUAAGAAGAUAAGUGACCUAAUUUUAAAAUAAUUAUUCUACUUUUCUCUAUAUUCAGCAGGGUAUUUAAGUGCUAGGGCUGGCCACAUACGACAAACUAAAAAAGACUAGAGAGGGAUUAGUACUAACUCCUCUUCUAUAGAAGGCAAAUCUGAGAGUCCACGGAAGUCUGGAACCAAGACUAUUCAGUUAGUUAAAUGAAGAGGCGAGUCUAGACUGGUCCUGCUCAUUCUAGGUCACCACCUUUUCCCUCUCCAAAUAGCCAGGCCCUGUCUCCCUCAAGAAAUGCCCAGAUGUAGAAAUUCAUCAGUGCCUGACUAUUGAUUUUCCAGAAUUUUCCAUCUUCCAUAUCUCCCAGGCAUGAGACUACCAAGUUUGUUUGUUUGUUUUCUUUUCAAUUCGGGAAUUUAUACCUCAGUAUGGUUUCAGCACAGUUAUGUUUCCAGAGCACAUCUAGAAGCGGUUGGAAACCAGAAGCUGGGGAUUCCAGGGACCCCACUUAGUGCUCUGCUUCCUUUAUAGGUCUUAGUUCUGGUCAUAAACAGAGAGAGGAGGACCUUUGACUUUUUCUUUGUUGAGGGAUCUAAGGAGGAAAAGCAAACCUAAAAUAGAAAUACAGUCAGUCCUCCAAAUGCAUGGGUUCUGUAUUUGUGGAUUCAACCAACCUUGGGUCAAAACUAUUUGAAAAAAAAUCUACAAAGUUUCAAAAAGGAAAACUUGAAUUUGCUGCAUGCUAAGAACUAUGUUGAAUCCAUGUAAAUGAAGUGAUGUGCAGGCAUUGUAUUAGAUAUUAUAAGAAAUCUAGAGCUGAUUUAAAGUGUACAGGGGGAUGUGUGUAGGUUAUAUGCAAAUAUAUGCCAUUUUUUAUAUGGGACUUGAGCAUUUGUGGAUUUUGGUAUUGGGGGAUCCUGGAACCAAUCCCCCAUGGAUACCAAAGUACCACUGUAGUUAUCUAUUUUUUACAUACUUAUUACCUCCACGCUUGGUAAAUCCAUUUUUGCAUAGAAUGUGGAGCCUUAAAAUAUGUCAUGAAUUCGGAGCCCCUGGGACAUAAAUCUACCUUCAAAUCAGAGGUCUUUAAUGAUGCCUAAACAUACAGUCAAAUUAGAAUCAGAACUAUUUCUUUAAAAAAUAUUUGAAAUGUGUUUGUUUCCCAUGAGAUUAUUCUUUAUCCCACACAAAUGUAAAAAAUCCACAUUAAUGAUCCAUUUAAGUACAGUUUUAUUGGGUCCUUUUCAAAUAAUUAAAGGCUCUUUCUCAAUCUCAUUCCUCAGUCCCACAAACAAGAACUCUUACUGAAGUUAACAGCUUCUAAAGUCUUGGAUUUUUUUGUUUUUGUUUUUGUUUGACAUAAAAUACACUAUUGGCCAUGUCCAUCAUGUGAGUGUUUGUAGUAAUUAAUUACCUAGUUCAGGGCCUGGCACUUAGUAACAUUCUGCAAAUGUCCCUUCAGUGGUCCUUUUACUCUCCUUGUCACUUAUUUUGGAGAAAGAGGGGCAUGCGAGAUUAGAGUAAGAAUUUUGAUGUUGGUAUGCUUGCCCUUACGGUUACUUUAGACAGUCUCCAUCGUAGGCAAACUUGACUUUGAUUAAAGUGACACUUUAAAAAAUAUUCAAAAACUCUAAGCCCCCUUUUGGAUGCCAAAUUUAGAAUUCUGUACAUUCUCUGAUGAACAAGCAUUUAGAUUGUAACGUGGUAAAGCCUACUUCCAGCCAAUGUUGUUAGCAUCUUUGUAUCCACAUCACUGUUUGUGCAAUAUAUAAAUAUUUUGUUGCAUUGUAUUCUUAUAUAAAAAUAAGUAGAAAACAUAAAAUUGAAAUUGCUGAUGAGAA